AUGGCCAGGGAAAUGGCCAAGAAAGCUUUGUCGGACGUACCAAAUCAGGAACAGCGACCGCCUGUAUGUUUCUACCGCUUUCCCAAAAAGGGCUAUGAGAAAAGUCGUCGCGAAGCAUGGAUAAAAGCCGUGCGACAGCAGAAUGAGGAUGGCACUCCGUGGCUCCCUAGUGCUACAUCACGCAUAUGCAACUAUCAUUUUGUGGACUACGCGAAAAGCAACGUCGAGCACAGCCCAUCGUACGUGCCGACAAUUUUUCCCGAAGUCUAUAGGAAGAAGGCUACGAUGAGCAGCAGCAGGUUCAACAGGUUCUUCAGAAGGUCUCAAACCAAUGUUGAAGCCUGCAGAGCAGUGUUUCCAGGAGAAAUGGCUGAGACUGAAGAUGACGAAGAUGAAGUGGGCUCUACAAUAAGGAGGGAUGAUGUUCAAGCACAUCAUAAACUAGAAUGUGACAACAUUGCUGGAGGUCAUUGCCCAUAUGUUGUAGUUAACACCCAAGAGCAACAGAUACCCAAAACAUAUUAUGCAAGUCAUUCUGUAGCUACUGUGCAUGCCAACAAAGAUAGCACAAGUUGGAGAAGGAAAUGCGGCUUUUCAGGGUUCAGCACCCUGAAGGAAUCCGAACAAUCCUUGCGUGACCUGUGCUGUGUGACACUCCAAGUUUUCUCUGUGUUAUUGAACAUGAUUCCUGACCAAAACUACAAGACCACAGACAUGCCAAAAGAAGACAAGCUGGCGUUAUUCUUGAUGAAAUUGAAGUUAGGAAUCAGCCUCACGUCACUGGGAGCACUGUUUGUGGACAAGUCAACGGCUUCGAGAGCUUUUCGAUACAUCUUGGACAUGUUGAGUGUAAAACUUGAAAGAUGGGUGUUUGUGCCACCACGUGACGUGAUCAAAGACACCAUGCCAGACAUCUUCAAGCAGCAUUACCCGAAUUGUACCUUUAUUAUAGACUGCACUGAAAUAAGAACCGAGACGCCAGGACAGACAGAUCAGCAGUACUACAUGUACUCCAAUUAUAAAGGGACUUUUACACUUAAAGUGUUAAUCGCUAUUGUUCCAAAUGGACAGUUGGCAUUUGUUUCCAAGGUAUACGGUGGUCGCCACAGUGACACAUUCAUCACCAAAGCUUCCGGUUUUCUUCACCACGUCCAGCCAGGAGAUGUCAUAUUGAGUGACAAAGGCUUCCCAUCUGUGAGAGCGGACAUGUCAGACAACGGUGCGGUGCUUAUCAUGCCACCAAUGGAGAAAGGGGGCCAGUAUUCUGAGCAAGACAUGGACGACACCUAUCGUGUCGCUCAAGUACGAAUACAUGUAGAGAGGGCUAUCCAACGGCUGAAGCUAUUCAAUGUUUUAAACGACAGAGUACCGGUCACCCUAAUCCCACAUAUGAACAAAAUCAUAAGGGUCUGUGCAGCACUCGUGAGCACUCAGAGUCAUAUUAUCAGGACAGACUGAGCAUUUGGCUCCAAGGCAUGCUUUCGUUCCUUCUAAGAAAUAGUAAAAUAGUUAUGCUGU